AUGCCUCUGUUCGGAAAAUCACAGAAAAGUCCAGCUGAAGUAGUCAAAGCACUCAAAGAGGCUGUGAGUGCUCUAGAGCGUGGGGAUAAAAAAGCUGAGAAGGCUCAAGAAGAUGUGAGCAAGAACCUUCUUCUCAUGAAGAAUAUGCUUUAUGGCACAUCGGAUGCAGAACCACAAACGGAUAUCAUGGUGGCUCAGCUUGCACAAGAGCUGUACAAUUCAAAUUUAUUGCUUCUCCUCAUACAAAACCUAAACCGCAUAGACUUUGAGGGCAAAAAAGAUGUGGCCCAAGUUUUCAACAAUAUUCUCCGGCGACAAAUCGGUACUCGAUCUCCAACUGUUGAAUACAUUUGCACAAAACCUGAAAUUUUGUUUACUCUAAUGCGAGGUUAUGAGCAACAAGAAAUUGCUUUGAAUUGUGGCACUAUGCUGCGUGAAUGUGCUCGCUAUGAAGCUCUUGCUAAGAUAAUGCUCUAUUCUGAGGACUUCUUCAACUUCUUUAGAUAUGUUGAAGUUUCUACAUUUGAUAUUGCAUCAGAUGCAUUUUCCACCUUUAAGGAACUUCUUACCCGUCACAAGAUGCUUUGUGCUGAAUUUCUGGAAUUGAACUAUGACAAAGUGUUUUCACACUACCAGCGCCUUCUCAAUUCAGAAAACUAUGUUACCCGUCGACAGUCCCUCAAGCUACUUGGAGAACUGCUCCUUGACAGGCACAAUUUCACUGUGAUGACUAGGUAUAUAUCAAAUCCAGACAACUUGAAACUCAUGAUGAACAUGUUAAAAGAAAAGUCUCGAAACAUCCAAUUUGAAGCCUUCCAUGUUUUUAAGGUUUUUGUAGCAAAUCCAAACAAACCAAAACCUAUUUUGGAAAUUCUACUCCGCAACCAAGACAAGUUGGUGGAAUUCCUUACACGCUUCCAUACAGACCGUUCAGAGGAUGAACAGUUUAAUGAUGAAAAAGCAUAUCUCAUCAAGCAAAUAAAAGAACUGAAACCCUUGCCUGAUCACUAAGUGCAGAAGCACUGCCCAACCUCACAUUCUUAUGUAAAAUUUCAUCACCAGCAUUUUGCACACUUGUGAGUGAAGAAGAAACUGCUUGAGAGGCAUUGUAACUUUUCCUUCUUUUAAUUUUGAGGUAUGCACUCUGAACUGUUAAUGUGAUUGGGCAUUGAGUUGAAAACAUUGCCCUAAACCAAAUUUUACUAUUACAGUGUAAAAGAGUUGUAUCGAGUUGUUUUGUAGUGCAAAUUAGUUUGAGUAUCAGGGUGUUUUCCGAUUUUUAACGUUGGUGGGAAGCAAGGAUAUCUGCAAGGCUAUUAUGCCCUCUCUUAUUCAGUUUUCUUGAUACUUCAAGUAAUUCUCAUUGAGUGCAUUGUUUUCCAGAGGUAACCUUGCUCCUCACAUUCUUCAGCCAAUGAACUUUCUGUCAGCACACUUUAAUUAAUAGGCAGUAACAGUAUUCUCAUGGUUUUUGUGAAAAUUUGACCAAUAUUUUUUAUCAUCAGUUGAUUGUGGCGCAAUGACUCAUAUUUUAAUUCCAGUAAUUCAACUGAAUUUCUCCAAGGUAAAUGUAGACAUUGUUCGUAAAACUAGCUUUUUGGACAUUUCUUAUAGCAGGAUAGCUUGCUCCAGAUUUUAUGAAGCAAUACUACAGUUCUUGGAUUAUCUGACAAUAAUCUGUCUGUGACCUACUUCUCUUUUAUGAACUUACCUGGAACUUAAAACACCCUGAAGUUCAAAAAGACCACAGGAACUUCAUCUAAUUUCAAGCACUCCAAACGUGCAUUUUGAUCCAUCAUGUUAUUUGCUUUGAAGUUAGUUCUUGAUCUAGUGGACUGAAGUUUCUCACCUGGCGCAGGCGCUGAUAAGGUAUCUUUGCACCUAUCAAGGUAUUUAACAGUUUAACUAUCCAACUAUCUUCACAAGGGAGCUGAGGGCAAUUUAACUGUGAAAAAGUUGCUUUCCAGGAAAUUUUUGGGUCUGUUUUGUCCGUGUCUAGGAAUCACUGGAAUCACUUGUUGGGAAAGUGUAAAAAUCUUUUUGUGGUUUGUUUAGAAAUGUGGUAUGAAUGUGUAAUAAUGGUCAGGGAUGGACUGCAUGACCUAGUACACCUGAAUUUGUUAUAUAAGAAGCAAGUUUAUGAGUAUGCAAUAGACCCUCAAACCACUUUCAAAACUUGUUCAACUUUUGACUUUAAGAAAUACUUCCUACCAUGUUAAAAGUCGCACUUUGGUCUAAUAUGUUCCUUAUCAGAAAUAUUUCGUGCAUCAUUCUACAUGUCGUUAACUUUUGAUGCUUUGUCUAAUUUAUUUCUCAACAAAUGUGGGAAAUAAAUCAGUUUAAAUUAUUUCAUUGGUCAUGACAUUGUGUGAUGUAAUUUAUGAGGGUUUAGAUCAAACCUAUGACUAAAUCUUAUAUAUUCUGAUAGCUAUUAUCCUUUGGAUAUGAACUAGUGAAGAAAAAAAUGAUAAAGCUAUUUUCUUAGAUGUUACUGUCCUAGAAUAAGAGAGCUGCAGACUACAUGCUCUUGGUGCCUUCCAUGGCCGUGGCCCAAACUCUGCAUUGGAUUUUAAUGUGUCUGUCCAAACAUUUAAAUUUCAAAAUUACCUAAACAACUUCAUUGCUUUUCUGUAUGGAGCCAACUUUUAUGUUCAACAGGAUAUCAAGGUCACUUUUAUCAUAUUUUCUUAACAUUGUGAUCAAUUUAUAUAAUAUAGUAUUUUUCAGUCAUACCUGUUCUUGUUUAUCUUGUGUCCUUUCAAGGUCUAGACCAGCUACUCUAGCAUGUUUUAUCUUUGAUUUGUUUCCCCUUUUCUUUUCCCUUUUAUAAGUAAGUCAGGGUUGUUACUUGUUAAAAUGCCGUAGCUGUAGCAACACUGAAUACUUCUAGUGAGAGAGUUAGAUGAGCUUUAAGAGGUUAUUGUAACCCAUUUUAUUGUUAGAUCCCUUUCAUUCAUACACAUCUUUCUUGUGAUUGAUUGUUAUGUUAUGAACAGAGAAGACCAUAUAUCGUAGUGAUGUUAAUGCAGCAUCCUGUAGACUGGAUUGAAUGUUUUGUGAUACUGUAACUUGACUGCAAACUACUUUUUGUACAGAGCUGAAGUAAAUCAAGCCGUGCUGAACUCAUUUUGAACUUUCAACCUGUACGUUUUGGUUUGACUAUUGCAGGUCUCUAUUUUGGAAAGAUUACCAUAGCUCUGAUUAAAAUCGAAAGUCAAAGAAGUAUUGAAGUGUAGCUUACGAUAUAUGUGUGAACUAGUAAAUUUGAAAAAUCUACAUUGUGUCAUGUUUUUUGGCUUGUUAAAAAAAAAAGAAAAGCAAAAAAAGAAUUUAAAGUUAUGACUCAGUUGUCUUUCACUUCUACGUAGGCCUUUCAAUAUUACAAUUAAAUCCUUAUUACAGGUUCAAUUACUUUUGUUUUCAUAAUCAACCAUUGUAUGAUAAUGAUUAUCAAACAGGCUCAAGUGUAAGAUUCAGCACUGCAUGUGGAGCUAGACUGCAUUGCUUGUUUUAAUCUGUAAAUACUGUUAUAAUUUUUUUUUUAUUUUAACUGUAUAAUGUAUGUAUAAAACAAAUUAAUUUUGA